GAGAGGGACGGUGGUAGUUUCGUUUCUGCUGUUCUUGUGAUGUCAGCGAAGAGGGACAAAGCGUUGCGAAAUCAUUUAGAACAAUUAGUUCGGUAUGUUUACCUUGAUCGCCAAGUAGAAUGCUUCCAGCACAAAGGUGAUGAUGAGCCACGUCCACGUAGUAAGAACUAUGCCUAUAUUGCCCAACAUUAUCACUGGGCGCUUAACAAACUGUUUAAUGAAACAACGUAUGGUUUCGUCAUUAUUACCGAAGAUGACUUGGAUAUUGCGAACGAUUUCUUUUCGUAUUUCGAAUGGGGAAAGCAAGUGCUAGCAGCGGAUCCAACUGUGUGGUGCGUCUCUGCGUGGAAUGAUAAUGGUUUACCAUCCUUGGUUAACAGAGACUCUACUGCAAAAAUUUGGCGAACUGACUUCUUUCCUGGCUUAGGCUGGAUGCUCACGAGAGAGCUGUGGAUGGAACUUUCACCAAAAUUCCCGAGUAUCUAUUGGGAUGACUGGAUGAGAACUAAAGAAGUUCGUGCUAAUCGCAGUUGCCUUCGCCCAGAAAUAUCGCGCACGGCUCACAAUAUGAAGCUUGCUGGAAAAGGAUCAAGUGGUGGUUUAUACAAGGCGUUUUUGUCUAAUAUCGCCGUAUCUUCCACUCCCGUUGACUUCUCGCUAUUGCCGUAUGAAAACAUGCUUAAAAAGAAUUAUGAUAGAGAGCUCCAGGAAACCUUGCGCAAUAGCCAGCUUGUAGAAUUUGCGGCAGUCAAUUCUACGGUGAUGUUUUCCUCAACGAAAGAGUGGUUUAUUCUUGGCCAGCAGUUCGGUAUUAUGGUUGACAUUCGUGGUGGAAUGCAACGCACAGCAUAUUAUGGCAUUGUUUCUUUGAUGUUUAAAAAUUGUCGUAUAUUUCUUGUGCCCCGUGAUCUUAAUGUGACAAAUUUCGAAUCCUAUCAGUACGACCCAAUUCGUGAUUUCCAGCUUCGGUACCUUGAAUUUGCGAAGGUCUUUUGUAAUUCGAAAAUGUAUACCGGUAUUUGCGAUCCAAAUUCUCCUGAAAUGAUUGCGUGGUUUGUGAAAAAGAAAUGGGUAAAGCGUCUCGAAUCUUAUGGAAAAAUGAUUGUUAAUUGA